UUCGUGUCAGGCUGGAUGGAUGACCUACCUGUUACACGGAGUUUCGUUCAUUAUUUAGCCCUCGUGUCCUGGGUUUGUUGUGCUGUCUUCAUACCGACGCUGGAUUUCGUCUGGAUUAGCAGAUUUAUAAAAUAAUGGUGUUAUUGUUUUCCUGCCCAGGCUGAGCAAAUUUCGCCAUUGUUGUUGCUCAGUUGGACGUAUGCAUGUCUAUGUGUAUGUCGGGAUAUCCUGGGUUAUGUAAACAAGACGUACACCGUGCUCGCUGUGUGUGACCUGUCGUCAUGUCGGCGGCCGUGACCUCCAAAAAUGGAGGAUUUGCUCCAGAGUUUCAGGAGAUCCAAAUCCCCGAGCACUUGUCGAGGAGUAAGAGACGGACCCUAAAAAAACUUAAAAGCCUCUCAAGUCCGGACACGAGCAGGGUGACGUCAGAUCCGCCUGUCAUAAUGUCUGCCGACCUUGAGGUCCCCACUUCCGGCGAGCCUCCCCCAGCCGGUAAAACGAAACAUCGGAUAAAAUUAUGGGAUAGUUUUCUCAGCAAGACAAAAAACAUGCGCAUCCGGAAGAAAGAGAAGCACCCAAAACUGAAGCGUCGCUCGUCCAGCCAGCCAAACAUUCCCAUCACAUCCCGUAACAAGCCUGCUGGCGAGGGCAUAAACAAAUCUUUACCCGUCUCAAAUGGCAAUGACGCCGAAGACUCGACUGACUCUAGACGCGCAAGACUCAAGCACCAGAAGGAGCUUAGGACGAGCGCGUCCAGUCUGGCCGAGUCACCUUCCAAAAUGUCCAGCGGCGCUGACCACUUGCAGCAGACGUCACCGGUCAGCAUGCAGGACACCGAGAGCUUCAGCUACCAGUCGUACAGUGAGAUCUCCAACAAUCAACCCUCCAUCACUGAUCCGACCUUGACCCUUGACCAAGAAGGUCAAGGUUCGGUGGACGAUACGUACAGCCAGUUAGGACGCGGGGCGUCGGUAGAUAAGGAGGACCUGGAGUAUGACGACGACGAUGAAAGGUAUAAGGAGAACGAAGAGGCAGAAGAUGACGUCCCAGUCCUGGUCCAGAGCUCGCUGUCGAAAUCAACGAGAUCCCACCGGAGCAGACUCGAAGAACGUCUGAUCAAGCCAGUAAUAACGUCUGCGGACCGGCCUAAACACGGGGCUUAUAGAGCGGUCAGUUUCCGCCCCAGUGAGCAGCUGGACGAUGGGUCACGUGAUCAGUCGGACGAUGAGUCGUGUAGUGACGACUACGAGACCGCCGACGAGGAUCCAGGCUCAGGGCCACUGGGACACCAACUACAGCAACAUUCCUUUUUUGUGCUACACGUUCACCUGAAGGAGGGCAAGGACCUGGUCAUCCGGGACAGCUGUGGAACCAGCGACCCGUAUGUGAAGUUUAAGAUUGGAGGCAAGUUGCUGUACAAAAGUCGCACCAUCUACAAAAACCUGAACCCAAAGUGGGAUGAGCAGUUCUCUAUACAUAUAGAGGAUAUCACCAAGCCCAUCAACAUCAAGGUGUUUGACUAUGAUCGUGCCUGGAACGAUGACCCGAUGGGUGGAGUGGACAUUGAUGUCACAACGUUGGAGGUCAACAAGGCAACAGAACUGAAACUUUUACUAACGGAAAGAGGCAACACGGAAUACAUGGGUUACCUGAUACUCAACUGCACAUUGUCGCCUAAAACUAAUGAAGACAAAGAACAGGAAACCAAUGCCAAAAGAUCGCUCUUUCGGCGAUCAACUCGCUCCACGGAAUCGGCGACUGCGUCCAAAAAACUGAAAAUGCAGCUGUGGAACGGAGUGGUCAACAUUAUACUCGUGGAAGGUUCGAAUCUCGUUUCCAUGGACGACAAUGGUCUCAGCGAUCCUUACGUGAAAUUUAAACUGGGCACUGAGAAAUAUCGAAGCAAAUUUAAAAGUAAAACAUUGAACCCACGAUGGCUGGAACAGUUUGAUCUUCGACUUUUUGAUGACCAAACUGCACUGCUGGAGAUUUCUGUUUACGAUCACGACACAAGGGGAAAAGAUGACUUUAUGGGCAGAGCUGUGAUAGACUUGUCUCAGUUGGAGAGAGAGAGGACACACACAAUUGUACAGCCUCUGGAGGAUGGUGCUGGCACCAUUAAAUUGUUACUUACUGUCAGCGGCACUUUUGGUGGGGAGUUGACCUCUGACCUAGCCAAUUACACACCUAAUCCGCUUGACAAGGACAACAUUGUUAGCAAAUAUGGGCUGUUAAAUUCUCUAAGGAAUAUAGAUGAUAUUGGGCACUUAGAGGUAAAAGUAUUUCGCGCCCAUGGUUUGCAGUCAGCAGACUUUGGGGGUCUCAGUGAUCCAUUUUGUGUGAUAGAGUUAAUCAAUGACAGAGUGCAGACACAGACAGAGUACAAGACACUCAACCCUGAGUGGGCUAAGGUUUUCACAUUCAAUGUGAAAGACAUACAUUCAGUGUUGGAAGUAACUGUAUAUGAUGAGGAUCGAAAUAAAAAAGUUGAAUUUCUAGGGAAAGUUGCAAUACCUUUGUUAAGGAUCAAAAAUGGAGAAAGAAGAUGGUAUGCCUUAAAAGAUAGAAAAACUCUACACAAAACCAAAGGUGCCAUCCUAUUAGAAAUGGAUAUGGUGUAUAACCAUUUGAAGGCAGCAAUACGAACCGUAAAUCCCAAAGAAGAAAAACUCAUGUUACCUGAUCAAAAGUUUAAAAUAUCAACAAUGAAACAGAACAUCAAUAGGGUUUCUCAGAUAAUUGGUGUAUUUAUUGAUACAGGACGAUUCAUUCAGAGCUGCUUUGAUUGGCAGUCACCACCUCGUACUAUCACUGCUUUCAUAGUAUAUCUUGUGGCUGUAUGGAAUUUUGAACUGUACAUGUUGCCUAUUUCUUUAUUAUUAAUAUUUAUAAAGAACUUAGUCAUUGCACAAAUUGUUGGUAGUUUCAAGAAAGAACCAGUUGAAGAUGACUAUUUUGUGGAGGAUGAAGAUGAUGAUGAAGAUGAAAAAGACAAGCAAGAAGAAAAGAAAAGUAUAGUGGACAGAUACCAUGCUAUACAAGAGGUGUGUUUGCAAGUGCAACAAGGACUUGACACAGUUGCUUGCCUUGGGGAGAGAGUUAAAAACACAUUCAAUUGGAGUGUACCAUGGUUGUCUGCCCUUGCUGUGAUAGCUUUGAGUGCUGGAAUUAUUGUACUCUAUUACAUUCCAUUAAGAUAUUUGUUAUUGGCAUGGGGUAUAAAUAAGUUUACUAAGAAACUACGCAAACCUAACGCCAUCUCUAAUAAUGAAUUGUUGGAUUUUCUGUCACGCAUUCCAUCUGACAAUGAAUUGCUUCAGUACCGAGAGUUGAGACCAGAUAUACCAGCCAAUACCACAUCCUCAAAGAAGAAAAGAGCAUAGCUGGGAGUCAUGCCUUCCACAUGAUGUGCCUUCCACGACAUUCAACUUUUUAACUGACAUUUAUGCCGUUUUCUUCUCACUUUUUCUUCUGUUGCUAAAUUUGUAAAUAUAAUGUGAAAUACUGUGUACAUUGUUGUUUUUUUUUUAAUUCUUCAAUCUUUAACUUUUCUGCAAUUUGCUCUUGGAAUUAUUUACAUUUUGUAUUAAACUCAGGAAUAUUAAUACCACACCUUCCUUAAAAAUGUAGGUAUCAUUGUAAAAGAAUACCUAUAUUUAUCCUCCCCUAUUAUUUAUUUGUUGACAAAAGAUCAAUUUGAAGAAUUAGAUUAAAGAAAUCCAGAGAUAUAAGUUAAAAGUAAUCAUUGAAGUAAAUUGUCGUGUGAUUAUGUUGAGGCAGCAUAUAAUUGCUUUAUGUUCAUCAACUCAAAAAGCCCUGUGUGUUCAGCUCAAUUUAAUUUUGGUGUUACAUGAGCGAAGCUUGCUCAACAAAUCUGACUUUUUUAGAAUGAACAUACCAGUAAUUUUUGUUGACUUAGUUGUGUUCCAUGAUUGUCAUUUAGUUUUAUAAACGGUUGUAUAGCAUCUCUGAUAUUUGAAAUAAUGAUUCUUGUAAUACCUUUAGAUUAGCUAAAAAAACCUCUAGCAUUCAUUAGAUGUUUUAAAUGUAGGUACCUACAAGUGUGUUGACACAAAAGUGCUCUAUUUUAGAAACUCAAUUAUUUUCAAUUAUAUGUUAUCUUUUUAAAACCACUGAGAAUUCUUUUUUACAUUAUUUACCAAAAAUAAUUUCAAAUGCUAUUUUCAAAAAAACUUCAUCUGAAAUUUUUUAUAAGUGGGCCUGUUACUGUUAGCGUUUACAAUUUUAUAGUACAUUUGUAAGGGUUUAUUGACUUGGGUUUGAUUCAUACUGUAUUUGGUUAGAAACUUUACAUUUUGGGUAAAGGGGGGGAUUGCAUCCAAAUUGUAACUUUUAAAAAGGCUUUUUUAGAUGCCACUUAUUCUUUUCAGAUUAAAAUUUUCACACUGGAAAAACUUAAGAAAGCUAUUUGGUGCACUGCAAGUGGCCAUGUUAUUGAUUGCAGCAAAUCUCGAUUGAAAUAGAAUUUGCUAAUUUUUGUUGAACACUAAACUCAAAAUUUAGCACUCUUCCAUUGAGUCUUAAAGGCUUAAUUUCGUCUCGCUAAAUUCUGUUAGUUAAAAAAUAGUGUUCAUCUUCAGCAAUCUGCAUAGCCAGUUAAGAAAAGCUAUAAUACAUUUGUCGUGUUUCCUAUUUCGAUUUAAGACAUCUGUGCAAUAGCUACAUUAGCAAUCCAGAGCCAAACAUAAUCAGCUAUUUGAAUAAGUAUUUUUUUAAACAUUCUCUUGAUGUCUGCAUGAUGAAUUUUUCCCCUUUUUAGAUAGUUUAAGUAUCAAUGUUAUGAAUUUUUUCUUCUAGUAGUGUGCAGGUGAUCAAUACAAAAAGUUUCUAAUUCUAGUCACUAAAGCUUUGUUGACAUAAUAGCUUUGUGACAGAGCAUGCAGGUUGAAAAAAAGGAAAAUUUAAAUAUGGUCAAGAAAUUCAGUUUUUUAAACUGGAGUUGGCACAAUUGCAAUAUUUUAUAUUAACUUAAUGUUAUUUUCAUAAAUAAAAUAUAACAUA